UCACAAAUUUAACUAGAUAUCGGUCAACACAUUUUCAACAUAUAUCUGUUACGGCCUGAGUUCACCGCGUAAUGAGCAGAACCAAGAACAAUAAACCAGGUCAAAAAGCACGUGAGCGCCGACAAAAAAUGACAGACCAGCGGGAGCAGUUGUACGAGCUUGCUCUCCAGCAGGUCGAACAAUCCCAGCCAGCCGAUGCAUUGAACACAGCGAAGCAGCUAUGGACCAACGUGCAAAAUCGUCCCAAGGCAGAACAAUUGCCCGCGUUGAAUCUACUGGGUGAGAUCAGCAUCGAGCUUGGCGCAGUAGACUCGGCUCGAAGUUGGUUCGAAAAAGCCGUGCAACUCGACCCGAACGGCGACAUCGCCGCAGCACAAAUGUCCGGCGCUGAAAAGUUCCUCUGGCUUGCGCAGCUCAGUGAAGAAGGUGGCCAGGAGAGUGUUUCGUGGUACGAGCGUGGGGUGAACGCGCUUCAGAAUGAAAUCGCUGCGAUCGAGAACGGCCAGGUGACCGGAUUUGAUGCCGAGCAAUUACUCCAACUGCGCGCGGAGAAGAAGCGUAAGCUCGCCAACACACUCUGUGCUGUUAUCGAGGUGUACAUGACGGACUUGUCGUGGGAGGAUGAUGCUGAGGCACGUUGUGAAAGCCUUAUUACACAAGCUGUUGCUGUCGAAGAUGAAACUAGUGCGGAGGUUUUGCAAGUUCUUGCAUCUAUACGCCUCUCACAAACACGCAAGGAAGAUGCACAAGCUGCUCUGCGAAGAUCUUUGCAAGUGUGGCAGGACCUUGAGCCCGAAGAUCCCGCUGUGCCUGAUUUUGCGACGAAGAUUUCGUUGUCAAGGCUCUUGAUGGAAGCAGAGCUGAACACAGAUGCCUGGAAGGUCCUAAAUCGUCUGAUCCAAGAAGACGACCAAAGUGUGGAAGCCUGGUAUCUUGGAGGCUGGUGCCAAUACCUCGUCGCCGAAGACUAUGAGAACGGUAUUGGAAUCAAAUCGGCAGCAGGCACCGAUGCCCCCACGUUGACGGUCGAAGAACAGUCUCAACGUUUGGCUCAAGCCGCCUUCAAAGGAAGUCGGCGAUGGCUACAAUCGGCUCAGAAGCUUUUCAAAAUUCAAGACUACGAAGAUGACCGACUCCUUGCUCAUGUCCAGGAACUUCUAGUCAAGCUCGAUGAGAAACUCGGCCCAGCGGAAGGGAAGGGUAACGGUGAUGGCGAGGAAGAAUCGGAGGAUGAUUGGGAAGGCAUUACUGACGAAGAGGGUGACGAUGAUGAUCAGUUGGAGGACGACGACGAUGGGGACGCUCGCAUGGCGGAGUCUUGAUCGAUCACCGUGAGUCUCAACGGGUCUCGUGAUGAUAUGAGGAUGCAACGAACUUCAUACGACGUGGGAUGUCGUGGGUGAGCUGUACACAGAUCAAUGCCCCUGUCUUCAGCCAUCUCCGUGGAUUGCAGCGAUUUGC